AUAUUAUUUGCUCUUUUAUUUAUUUAUUUUCUGAUGCAUAAUUUUGUCAUAAAAGACACAAACUGACAAGAUAUGCGAUUGUAGGUGGAGUAACCAGAAGAGCAGAAUGCAGCUACGACGAUUGCUGGUAAUUCUUGCGGUCCUGAUAUCGUCCUUGCUGGUACGUUGUCAAUCUACCGGCAAAGUUACGUUCCAGAACAACGAUUUCGGACACGAAACAGAAAAACAAGAGAAUGUCGAAGAUGUUUCGUCGCAACAGAGAGGAUUCAAUCCUGUUCAGCAUGUGGAGGAUCUGUUCCAGUACCUUGGUUUGGGAACGGGACGAAAUGUGGAUCCAUAUUUGGCGAAGAUCAACGAACGUUGCUUAACGGGAGACCUGGCAGAAUGCUUCAAGUCGCGCGCCUUGAAUUACUUCUCGGAUUUCUUCGACCAUGCCGAGUAUUCCUUGACUGAUUACGUUCGAAUUAAACGGAUGACCAAUCGAGUGGUAAAGGAAGCAUAUGCUCAGCCGUAUGAAUAUUCUAACGAACCCAGAUCCAGCGAGACAGAAUGGGAUCAAAUGGUUAAUUUCAUGAAGAGGAAGUUGGAAAGGUUUGUCAAAACAAUGUCCUUCGAAUUGACCAUACCCGAUUCGGAGACCGGCCGCAGUGGCGCGUACGAACCAAAAUUUUUGGACGAGAUCGCCGAUGAGAUCGAUACGCUCGAGAAUAAGAAGGAUACGCUAUUUUCUCGUCAUCAAUUCAGAAAGCUGCUGAUACCAAUGCUGAUCGUGCUGAAACUCUUCAAGCUGAAGCUGCUACUGUUCCUCCCCUUGAUUUUGGGGCUGGCUUCGUUCAAGAAAUUCCUCGGGUUCCUAGCGAUCGUCAUACCCGGUGUCAUAGGUUUCUUCAAGCUCUACAAACCGUACCAGAAUUAUUAUCCGCCAGUGUACACGAAAAACGGCAUCGGCCAUCCUCACUACGGGGCGCAUCCGGGUGCUGACUACCACGAAGAUCACUACGGCCAGGAUUUGGCAUAUCGCGGAUACCAGCAUUACAACUCAUAAUCUGCCUCAUUUAUUUAUUACGUCAUAGAGCUCAAGUAGAGCGUAAGCGCGUAUUUUUCUAUUCGUUAUAAUUGUAUAUUAUUUAUAAAUGAAUCGCGAAUGCGUUGUAUAUAUAGUUAAAGGUGUGAAUGUGUAAGUUUAGACAUUUUCUCUUUCGAGUAGAAAUUAACGAAAUGCGUAAAGUGGUUUGAUAGACGCAUUGUUUUCUAGUUUUAUGCCCACUGCGACUCGUUUGCUGUUAAUUGUAUGUUGUUAGUUUAAUAUCGAGGCGUAUCUAGAGAAUAUACGAGCAGCCAAUUUCUUUACGUCUGUUGGACGGAAAUAUCGGGAUUCCUGCCUACACAUUCAUGCGUAAUAAGGUAUGAUUGGCAUCCUUAUUAUCCUUAGUUUCUAACUGUCGUUUCUGUUCCACUUUUGCGACACGUAUGGACUCACAAUUUCGAAGAUCGAUGUACAGCGCGUUCACGUGAUACUACUCUAAUUUGUUUGUAGAAAUUGUAAAGACUACAUCAAAUGUCUUAAAUAUUCAUUGCAUUGAUGCAAUGAAUAUUUAAGACAUUUAAACAAAUAAGCGCGCUUAAUCGGUGUUUGCCUCGCUCUCUGCGUUGUAUAAAUUUUAUUUAAAAUAAAUAUACUGGACAGAGAUUAUCGCUCGUACGCAAUAUAUCCAAUUUGUGCUUAAAGUUUAAUGUCUCAUAAACAAUGAAAGUUUUCGUGUUGGAUAAUUGCAUAAUUGCUAUUAAUCUGAUUAAAUGUUUAUUAAGGAAAAGUGUUACAUAUAUGAGUUUGUUGUGAAACUGAGAGAAAUAUCUUUUAAUAUCUUCAUAACGGAUUCUGUGAAAAAAUUAGGACAAAACAAUUUUCAUCGAGCAGAGGCGAUCGAAAGGAAAACUAAUCGAGAUCUUAUGAUUCUUGCAUGACUUUCUAUUGACGUAUAUUGUCGAUAAAUUACUUAUUUAGGUAUUAACACUUGUCUUAUCUGUUUUUAUUGCGAUAGUCACACAUGAAUUAUAUACACUUAAACGUGUAAAUUGCUCAUGAAAGUUCUACAUCAAAAAUCCAUGACUAAGGUAGUAUAUAGCAUCGGUUUAUAUUAUAAGUUUUAGAAAAGCAAGCAUUUUUUUAAAUUUCUCUUUUAAGAAUGUAAAAUUUGAUGUACUGAAUCGUAGGAUUUCAGAUAAAUUUAAGUAAUACAGAUAUAAAGUUAAAUAUAAAAUGUUAUAAAUUUC